AUGAAACGUAACUUUUGCAAAGCAAGCCUCACCAUGCUACCAUACGACAUGCUUAUGGUCAUACUCGCUAAAAUUGGUGCUUUUUCUUCCGUGGAUUUAUGGUCAUGCAUGGUAUCAUGCAAAACAUUUCUUGAAGUUGCAAAAUACCCAGAGGUUUUACGAAGUCUUCGUUUGGAAGAUGUUUUCCUACCACCUUAUGAGAGGGUUCCUAACGGAAUGGACUUACUCAAAGAGUGUGCCAAAUCGGGUAAUGUUCAUGGAACAUUUUUAUGUGGUUUAUUUAAUUUCUUCUACCUUAAGAAUGUGAAGGAAGGGUUGAAGCAAUUAGCAACAGCGGCAAAAGAAGCUCACUCAGAAGCUAUGUACUUGUAUGGAAUGAUCUCCCUCAUAGAAGGAGUUUUUGAUGAGGGUUCAAACUAUCUUACUCAACUAUGGAGAAAUCAAGGAAUAGAAUCGGUGAGGCAAUGUCAGAUGAAUGUUCGGUGGGUUGUUUUAGAGAUGAGUGUCAGACAAUAUCGUGAAUAUGACAUACUACUUAGCCUCAUGGAGAUUGGAGAAGAAUGUCGUCAUAUAAAUUUGAAUGAAGUGUGCGAUGAAUGUUUUAUCCGAAAGGAAAUUUAUCGUUUCAUGGACUACAUGAACUGA